GUCUCUGAGGCUUCUGGAGACUUUUAGCGUCAGCAGACACCCGCCCUGUGCUGUACCAAGUGAAGAUGGAGACGUUAAGGAGUUUCUUCCGGAGUGCUUGGUCCUCCGAUGCGAGGCUGGACGACAAAUCGUGGUCAUCACCGGUGCCAACACGGGCAUCGGCAAGGAGACAGCGCUGGACCUGGCCAAGAGAGGGAUAUGGAGAAAGCACAGGUGGCGAUGAAGGAAAUCAUCAAAGGCUCCGGAAACGAAAAUGUCAUUUGCAUGGAGCUUGACUUGUCAGACAGCAAGUCAAUCAGAGAAUUUGCUGAAGCCGUCAACAGAGACGAAGCCAAACUCAACAUCCUCAUCAACAAUGCUGGAGUGAUGGUCUGCCCCUAUGGGAAAACAGCAGACGGCUUUGAAAUGCAGAUCGGUGUCAAUCACAUGGGUCAUUUCCUAUUGACGUACCUGUUGAUUGACCUGAUCAAAAGAUCAACGCCAGCCAGGAUUAUAAACGUGUCCUCCAUGGCUCACGCCUGGGGAUCCAUCAACCUCGAAGACAUCAACAGCGAGAAGAGGUACGACAAGAGGGCGGCCUACGGACAGAGCAAGCUCGCCAACGUUCUCUUCACUCGCUCGCUGGCCAAGAGACUGGAAGGUACAGGUGUGACAGUGUACUCCCUGCACCCCGGUGUUGUCCAGACGGACCUGUGGCGUCACCUGAGCGGCCCCGAGCAGUUUGUCAUGAAGAUCGUCAGCCCCUUCACCAAGAGCUCCAUCCAGGGAGCCCAGACCACCAUCUACUGCGCCGUGGAGCCGACUCUGGAGACAGAGAGCGGCGGAUACUACAGCGACUGUGCGCCCGCCUCCUGCUCAGCGGCUGCUUCAGACGACAACAUGGCACAAAAGCUUUGGGAGCUAAGCUGCCAGAUGCUGUCGAUAUCAUGGGACUGAAUACCUCAGAAUAAAAAAUAUAAUCAUUCCUCUCACAUCUCAUGAUGGCCAAACACAAGUGCUUCUUCACUAACUGAAAUAAAGUACUCUUUCUUUUUUUCAUUUACACAACCAGUAUGUUACAGUGUGAUGCAUGAUGUGGCACACUAAUAUAUAUUUCAUACGCAGUGUUU